AUGAUAUGGAAGUCGAGCUCUCCCCGAGUCCAAAUCCACAUCUCUCUCCUCGAGUCGAGCUCCCCCAUCAGAGCCAUGAGAGCUGUCGACCAGCGAGUCGCCUCCCAGUCUGCCACCGCUAGCGUUGAGGUGGAUGACCGAACCGAGGCGAUUGGGCCGAGCCUUCUUGUCCUUGUCGAUCUUCAAGUGUCUGAUACCGUCUCUGAUACCGAGUGCAUAUGCCGGAAGGUGUUGAAUAUGAGGCUGUUCACAAAUGAGAGUACGAAUGGCAGAGGAUGGGACUGAAACGUACUGCAGAGGAACUUGGAAGUCUUACUAGUGAGUCAAUUUACAUUGUAUGGAAUCCUGAAGGGUAAUGAGCCUGAUUUUCAUGUCGCCAUGGCGCCGGAUAAAGCAAAGCCCUUUUACGAUUCGUUGUUAGUGAGCUUUAGAAAAUCCUACAAGCUAGAUGCAAAUAAACGAUGGUGUGUUUGAGCAAUGAUGAAGGUAAACUUGGUCAAUGAUGGACUAGUUACAAUGCAAAUCAACUCUAAUGGUGAUGUAGAAGAAUCAUGA